AACUCCCCGUUGGCAAGUAGCGUGACUCUAAACACAGUGUCUCCUUGUUCUAGCUUCAAAGAAAUUGUUCAAGGAACAGAUAUUGACGGAAUGGUUCCAGCAAGUAACUUUUAGUUGGUGAUUGGACAGCCUUGUAAUUGAUAUGCCUUUACAUGGACUCAUUCCUUUUGACUGCUACCACGCUAAUGGCGCAGAUAGGCGUGUACGGUAUCUUGUGUCGUUCUGACAAUCUACACAACAUCGCCAUGUAGUCUGCAGUGCGGUUAUUUCUUGCACAUUAUAAAGUGAUCAUUUUAAGUUCUGCAACUUUUGUGCUUUUGCACACUGUUUGCUAAAACUACUAGACAGUAGGUCUGGCAAGAGUCAAAGGUCACUUUCUGCAACAAAUUAGAGUGUUACGUCCUACUUCAACUGCAAAUCGAGUCGAUUGACAAGUUGCAUGGUCUGCAUGUUUUGAACUUCAAAGUGAGGUGGUCAAUUGGAAUCCGAAAGUUUCACCCCGCUCUCUAUCACUUUCGCUUGUGAGCACUUGCAGUACAGAAGUACAGUCGUUUAUGUCACAACAGCUCAAGACAACAAAUAGUAAAUCUAAACGAAUAUCUGCGAUAAGGUUCUCUUCGUUUUGAUAUAGCAAGUAAAACAUGUGACUAGUGCAUGAACAUGUGAUUGAGAUGGGGUACGCCUUAGAUCUUUUGUAUCGAUCUAGUUUUAUCUUACUCUUUUGAUAAAUUUAUGAAUACAGAGAGAAAUGUUUCUUAUGCUGAAUUGCAGUAUACAUGUGUUUACACAGCAAUUUUUGCCACCUCAAAUGCAGAUGUCAUCGUCUACCCCUCCCACUACGUUGCGUUACACCCAACUCAACAAAUUCGGUUCCAAUGUUACUAUAAAGGAAAGCCGUCUGUUGAACAUUCAACUUAUUGGAUUCAUAAUGACAAAGUGUUACAAUGCAAUAAGCAGCAACGUCUCAUUGGCUGCAGGGACACUCUCAUAGUAUCUGAGUUUCGCUUCUCUGAUUCUGGCCGCUAUUACUGUCACGUCAAUGAUACAGAACUCUUGUCAGUUGGCGAGACAGAAAUCAGAGUUCCAGUAGAAUUUGAGACGACGGGUGUCACGACUAUUAGAGUAUCCCGUCAACAAUUGAAUGACUCUCUUCCCGUCGUGCUUACUUGUCCCGUGACGAAAUGGUCAUAUCCAAGACCUUCUGUCUUAUGGAGAAGGCAGAGGGAAAUGCUAUCAAUUGGAGACGUUUAUCAGUAUGUGGUAAGUAAUGUAAGCCAACUAGGCAUAGUGGAUUGUGUAGCGUACAACGGCUAUGGAGGACCUAAAGUCAAACGUUUCAAUCUUGUUCAUGACAAUACUACGCAAAGCGUGAAGACAAGCUCUUCGUAUGAAAACGACAUUUCAACAGAGUAUACUCCUUAUGUUGCUGCCGUUCCAUCAUUUACACAGUCCGAAAUAUGCUGUGUUUAUUUCUAUCUAACAACUGUUAUUGUCACCUUCAUUUUGACUAAUUAUUUUUAAUGCUGUCAAUUUUCUAUCGAAAAUUGCAGCUGCAUACGUACUCUUUUGAGGCAUUUGGCCUUAGACCCUGUCGAAGUAUUUUAGAAUUAUUCAAAUUACAUUAAUAACAAUAAUUAAA